CAGUCGCUCUCGGAUACCUGCUCAGCUCCGCGCCGCAACUGAACUGCCGCCGCGGAACAGUUGCGUCUCCAUCUGGCUACCAACCUACCCAAGCUUUCUUCUCCACCACCACCACCACCACCUUCCUUCCCCCUCCUCCCCCUCCUUUCCGUCUUCCCUCUCCACCCCCGCCCCCAAUCUAUCUCCUCCUUUUUUUCUCACUACAAGCGGUUGCUGAUGCUGAAGCCGAGCGUCACUUCGGCUCCCACGGCAGACAUGGCGACAUUGACAGUGGUCCAGCCGCUCACCCUGGACAGAGAUGUUGCAAGAGCAAUUGAAUUACUGGAAAAACUACAGGAAUCUGGAGAAGUACCAGUGCACAAGCUACAAUCCCUCAAAAAAGUGCUUCAGAGUGAGUUUUGUACAGCUAUUCGAGAGGUGUAUCAAUAUAUGCAUGAAACGAUAACUGUUAAUGGCUGUCCCGAAUUCCGUGCAAGGGCAACAGCAAAGGCAACAGUUGCAGCUUUUGCAGCUAGCGAAGGCCACUCCCACCCUCGGGUAGUUGAACUGCCAAAGACUGAUGAAGGCCUGGGUUUUAAUGUGAUGGGAGGAAAGGAGCAAAAUUCCCCCAUUUAUAUCUCUCGCAUCAUUCCUGGAGGGGUGGCUGAAAGACACGGAGGCCUCAAAAGAGGAGAUCAGCUGCUAUCAGUGAACGGAGUGAGUGUGGAAGGAGAACACCAUGAGAAAGCUGUGGAACUACUCAAGGCUGCUAAAGACAGCGUCAAGCUAGUGGUGCGAUACACCCCCAAAGUUCUGGAAGAAAUGGAGGCUCGCUUUGAGAAGCUACGAACAGCCAGGCGUCGGCAGCAGCAGCAACUGCUAAUUCAGCAGCAGCAACAGCAGCAGCAGCAACAAACACAACAAAACCACAUGUCAUAGGCCCUUGAGGGAAAGCUACUUGAUCAAACAUCCGAUAGUCACAAAUUUGAAACCGUGCUUCAGAAUCCCAGCACAUAGUAAAAGACAACACUGAUUAUUAUACCUGUCAAGAAGCUGUGAACACAUGGUGUAUAAAUUCUUUACCAAGGCAACUCGACACCUUCUUUCUCUGGGCUUGAAACGCCACUGCUCACGUGGGCUUUACAUACAUCAACUUUCCAUUCACUGCAGUGGGAAUUCUCAGUGUGCAGAAGGAGAGGUUUUCUAGUCUGCAAACUGAAACCGUAUAAGAAGAAUAAAGUCUAUGACUUUUAAAUAAA